CGACAGGCCUGCGAAUGUUAAGAAUCCUUUAGCCGGCGCUGCGAGGGACACGUGACUUGUCUGCAGUCGCUGCUAACUGGUGUGUGUGACGGUGGAUUGGAUCAGAACGAGGCUGUGCAGCCUGGGACCGCUGGAGUUUUUGUGAGCCCUUGGGAAGCAUGCCUGGAUGAAUGAGAAGUCGGGACAAAGGGAAUAUAGGAUCAGACCAGCACAAGAACAUAACUUUUAAAACGACUGAGUUUUCUUGAUACUUACUGUAUACCUUUUAAGGGAGAAGGAUGAUCCCUUCUCUGCCCACCAUGACUGUCCUCAUCCCUCUGGUCUCACUGGCAGGCCUGUUCUACUCCGCCUCUGUGGAGGAAGGCUUCCCAGAGGGCUGCACCAGCGCCAGCAGCUUGUGCUUCUACAGCUUGCUGUUGCCAGUCACUGUACCAGUGUACGUGUUCUUCCACCUGUGGACGUGGAUGGGCCUGAAGCUCUUCAGACAUAAUUAG